AUGUGGGAGGUUGAACGAGUGGCUCCCCGGCUCCCUCUGCUGGACGAUUUGUGGAGCUUGGCCGCCAAACGGUCAAGCUCCACAAAGUACACUGUUGAGAUUCGAGCCUUGAUCCGGCAGGUGACCCAUCUCCUUCCCCCGGUUUCCCAGCAGGCAGGCAUGGCAGACGGCAGGCAACCCGAUGAGCACUGGGCCUCAAACGGCCAAGAGAACGGCGAAAACGAGUACCCCUCCUACAGCUCCGGCUACAGGGAGAACGGGUACCACGGAGGGGCAGCUGGACACCCUGCGACCACAGUGGAUGACUCAGCCAAUUUGCCUCCCUCCCCUCCCCCCUCUCCAUCCGCUGAGCAGAUUGGGCCCGUGGCACAAGAGGGUAAAGUAGAGGUUGUCAGUCAACCACAGGAUGUGGAGGAGGCUAAAGGGGAGCCCAGCAGUUACCAGGAGGAAGUGGCUUAUAAGCAGCCAGGACACAUGCUCUUAGAGCAAACAGAUUAUUUAACUGAGCCCCAUGCAUUGGGCUACCAGGAAGCUCAGACACCUGAGGCACUCAAUGGAGGAAGUCAUCAAGUUGAACACAUCCAGUCAGAAAAAGCCCAGCUGGAGGAGAGUGUCAGCAAGGGAUCUUGUGAAUCUGCAAUAAAGCAAGAAGACUACCACAUGACGUCGCUACCGGAGAAGCACCCGGCUGCUGAGAGAGUGAAACCUGAAGAAGAGCUUGCCUUAAGUGAACCUUCAGAUCCCACAUUGAAAGAGAAAGAUCUUUCUGAUGUGUGUCUAAGUAAACAGGCAAAAGAAGAUGGCAAGGAUCUAGUUGAAGAAGCUGAGUGUAUAGCCAAAGAACCUAAGGAACCUUCACUGACAAAGGACCUACAGAAUGUUAAGGCAGAGGAGAGUUUGGAAAUAUUAACAUGUGACUCAAAAGCCUGUAUUAGUGAAAGCAAGUCAGAAACAAGACCAUUUGAGGCGAUAAGUGUGGAGGGACAAGAGGGUUGCAUUCAGAAAGCUGGCCAGAUGCAAGAAACCUUAAAACCACAUCCGGAUACUGAAAUGUCAUCACAAGUUGCAUCAGAUAUACCAGUAGAUUCAGGAUUAGAAACCUACUUUGAGACAUCCUCCAAAAACCAAGGGGAAGGGUCACCAAAAGGUUAUUAUGAACUGGGCACAAUGGAAGAGACAAAGUCAACAGAAGAAAAUGAAACGAUACAAAAAUUGGAGGAUCAGCAAGAGAAAAGCAUCAGGUCAUCGCCAGGCAAGACGGCAUUGGAAGAAAAAAGUCUCUUGGUAAGCACAAGCGUUGGUUCUUCUGUUGGGCAGGCACUAAUGGGAGGUGAGUCACGGACAUUCUCAGAAAGCGCGUCCCCCCUCAGUGCAGGCUUCCAUGAAGAGGAGAAACUGCCCUUAACUCCAUCUGCUGUCAGCCAAAUCCCCACGAAUCCACCAGCAGUCUCCAUUACCCCAACGUCAUCUACUUCGCCGAAUGAUAUCCCAACAAGGGCAGAAUCGCCUUCUGCAAGGUGUUUCGAAGAAUCGGGAAGCCUCUCUGAAAUGUUAGACUUGGCUGGAGCCCUACCUCGCCCAUCCUUAGAGAGGAGGGUAUUUGACCCUAUGAGACGGAAGUCAGUACCUGUCAAUGUUUCAGCACUGGUGGGGAGUUCUUUGGCCAAGCUUGCUUUGGCAGGUGAGUCCCCUAGGAUGGUUGCAGGGGAACGUCAGCUGGAGGAACUUGGCUACUGUAUUUUCAGUGAGUGUUCCGCACCCAUGCCUUCCCCUGCUGAUGUACCCGGUCCUGGGGACUCUCCACACCAGUGUUUUCCCUCAGUGGAGGGUGAAGUGGAGGAGAAUAUUGGCAUAGCUGCCAAUGAAGUUGCUCAGAAACAAUUACAGCCAGGUCAAAAAGAAACCACCUCUGAAACUGCUCAAAAAGCCCUGUUGGAAAAGAAAGAUUCAACAGUAAAGUCUUCCCUGAUACUUGAAAGAGCAGUGACAAGCGGAAUAAAGCCAGAUCGCCUAAGAAUCCCGAUGACGACAUCUAAAGACCGUCUUACCGAAUUUCGUUUGGAGACCGGCCUGCCUGGAGACAUAAAGAUUCAAGCAAUCCCUGAGGUAGAUAUUGAAAAAGAUCCCUCCAGAGAAGCAUCUCCGAUUCCACCAGACGGUUCAUUCACGUUCACUCCCACAGAGAUCGCAAGCAAAGCACCUCCGACUCCCUCCACCCCCAAGUCCCCAGCUGACACAAGCUCAGAAACGGAGGACACUAAAGAGACGGUGAGAAACGACGCCUUGCUAGGAAAUGUCUCGGAGUCAGAGACGGUUGAAGCCAAACCAGAGUGUGACAGGGACAUGCCUCAGCCUCAACCUGAGCACAAAGAUCCAGAAGAUAAAGGUGAUCAACCACAUACAACCAGCACGGGUGCACCGUCAACAACAUCUCAGUCUUUACAUAAAAGCACAGAAGGAAGAGAUGAGGAAAUAAUUGAAGAGGAGAAUGGAAAACCCAAAAGUUUAGAACAAAAAGAAAUGCAAGAACAGCCAAAUACCUUUGAGCGUCCGAGUCCCGAAAAGCCUGUCGAUGAAGAAGUUGCUAAAACGCAGUUACAAGACGUGAUUCCGGCAAAGCCGCAAAUAUCCUCGCCGAUCAUCAUCAUUCCACAAGCACAAGUUGAGGAACAGGAUGAUAUUGAAAUUGCGGAAGAGCCGCAAGAAAUUAUGGAAGAAGCAUCCGAGGAGCUUUUGUGCCCCAAGUCAGGGCGAGAAGACGGCAGAGAAGGGCAACAGAAGGAGCAAGCGAGGCUGACGGUCGGGGAUCAGAACACGGAAGAUGAUCCCAAGUCUGGAGGCGAGGAUUGGAGUCACAGCGCCCUGAACAGCGACGAUGGAGAGCAAGCAACCGACAGUUCCCACUUGUCGCCGUGCUCUGACCUCGACCUGCCACAGCAGACGGAAGAAGCAGGAGACGGAGAUGUGAAAGAAGAGAAGGAACCGCCAAUGGAUAAGAUGGACUCGAUGACGGAGGAGGAUAAAGAGGUACAGAAAGCACAAACGGGGGAGGUGGGAUCGGAGGACGUGGCUUCCGAUGACGUAGUUGAGAAGAAAGAUUUGGAGGAAGGGGAUGACAAAAGGGAGGAGGAUGUUGAGACUGGUCAGGAGGCGAUCAGCGACGAAGGCAACGAUGAAACCACCAUGGACGUGUCUGCCCUAGAUAUGGACAGUGCAUGGAUGGCCUCACAAGCAGAUGAUGACAAAAGUAUCAUGACUGAGCAAAUUGAAGCUCUUCCUCAGACUCAGAGUUCUACCAAAAUGCCUGUGGUGGUGGAAAAAGCCACUAAGCGAGGUGGUGGAAGAGGAAGGGGCCGUCCCAAUGCAACCGAAUGUAAAAUGUCACGCAAAACACCAGGCCACUAUCUACCAAGAGAGGAGAUGAAGAAGAAAAAAGUUGGCAUAAGGAGGGUUGACCAGAAUAAGGUGUCAGCCCUCCAAAGUCGCUCUCCAUCUCGAAAGAGUGGAGCCAAAGUGGCGGCCAGACACCCUAGGCCUGCUCUGCUUCACGGCUCUGCUAGACGCAAGGCCACAGGUGUGGAGCACCAUCAACCCCUGAGUGUGGCCCAGCAGUCCAGGGAGAGACCCACCAGCCCCACCAACGCCGCGCUGUUAAAAAUAGCGGUGCAGCGCGGCGGGGGACUCGGCCGCCACCCCCCCCGGCCGAGCUCCGCCUGCAGCCUCAAGCGGAGCCCCCUCGUGGAGGCGGAGCUCCGCGAGGCUCGCCCCUCCUCCGCAUGCUCCCACCCGCCCCCUCUGCCCCAGAAAUGGGCGGGGAAGGAGAGAGCGUACCGCAGCCCCGAGAAGAGGUCGUCCCUGCCCAGGCCGGCCAAAUCUCUGACCCGCCACAUUCCUGCUGCUGAGCAGGAGGAGAACUGCACCCCCUCCAGGCCGACCUCGAUUCGAACUGACUCCAGAGGGGACAGCAGGUCUGGAAGAACCCCUAGCAUGGCAGGCACAGACUCGGCCCGUUCCCGGUCGGUGCGCAGCGGCGCCUCCACCCCGGGCUCCUCGGCCGUGACGCCCGGCACGCCGCCCAGCUACUCCUGCCGCACCCCGGGCUCGCGCACGCCCGGCAGCCACACGCCCAAGUCCUUCAGCGUCCUCCAGGAGAAGAAGGUGGCGGUUAUCCGGACCCCGCCCAAGUCCCCGUCCUCGGUCCAGCGGCAGCUGAAGGUCCUCAACCAGCCGCUGCCCGACCUGAAGAAUGUAAAGUCCAAGAUCGGGUCCACCUCCAACCUCAAACACCAACCCAAAGGGGGACAGGUUCAAAUUUUACACGAGAAGCUGGACUUCAGUCAUGUUCAGUCAAAGUGUGGGUCCAAGGAUAAUCUGAAGCACGCGCCCAAAGGAGGCAAUGUCAUGAUUCCGAGUGUUAAGCUGGAUUUUAGCCACGUUCAGGCUAAAUGUGGCUCCCUGGACAAAGUCCACCACUCGGCGGGCGGUGGAAACGUCCAAAUCCAGACCAAGAAGAUCGACUUGAGCCACAUCACCUCCAAGUGUGGCUCCAUGUCCAACAUCCGCCACAGACCAGGGGGAGGACACGUUCGGAUCGAGAACGUGAAACUGGACUUUAAAGACAAGGCCCACGCCAAGGUUGGCUCCUUGGACAAUACAACCCACACUCCCGGAGGGGGGAACGUCAUGAUCGAGAGCCACAAGCUGAACUUCCGGGAGACGGCCAAAGCCCGCGUGGACCACGGCGCGGAGAUCGUCGUCACCCACUCGCCGGGGGUGGAGACGGGGGGCACCUCCCCUCGCCUGUCCUCGGCCGGCAGCAUCAACAUGCUGGAGUCGCCGCAGCUGUGCACGCUGGCGCAGGACGUCACCGCCGCCCUGGCCAAGCAGGGCUUGUGA